CAUAAUACCCAGGGACUUGCGAGUUGAUCCGGUUGGCUAUUUUUCUCCACCGCCCCGCUCUCAACCUCUUCAAACCACAACAACGAAUACCAGCAAGAUGGUCUACCCUGGAAAGAGGAGCACCGGCUGCAUGAGGUGCCGUAAGCGGAAGGUCAAGUGUGACGAGGGCCGGCCGACCUGUGAGCGGUGCAAGAAGUACGGCCGCGAAUGUCCAGGCUAUGACAAUCGCCUCAUCAUCCGGUUCGAGAACCAACAUCGCAGUCCCAAUACCAUCCCGGAUUCUGGGAGGAAUCAAAACCGCCUUCCGGAUGGAGGCCAUUCGGCUCUCGACGACGCUGGUCUUUCCCCUGCCCUUUCGUCACCCGCUGCAUCCAGCGCAGCGACAUCUACUUGGUCCCUUGAACCUCCUUGGGAGGAUGUGGCCGUUGCUCAUUUCUUCGACCAACACGUCAUAGAGCCUAGAUUGGGUUCCUUAGGGCAUCUCGAAUUUCUCCCCGGCCUGUACCAUAAUUCGCCAGCCGAUUCAUGUCUGAGGACAUCACUCAACGCUGUGGCGAAUUUGUCGCUGUACUAUUCUUCUAAAUCUCCCCCGCUCCAAAUAAACGCCCGUCGCCUUCAUCACGAAGCCUUGCUCUCUAUGAAUUCGACGUUGCAGAACCCAGACGAAAGUUCAUUGGAUGAUACUCUGGCGGCUGCCAUGCUCCUCAGUCUCUUCGAGGAUAUUGAUGGAGCCAGGCCAGGAGUUAGCAACUCCCAUAUCUCGGGAAUGGUGUCACUGGUACAACUUAGAGAGAAGAUUGGGCCCCCUGCUGACCCAAACAGAUCUCUCUAUGGGUGGGCUUACACUCAAAUCCUCUUCCAUUCCAUCAUAGAUCAAUACAUACACCUAAACGCCAGGUGGGUUCCGCUCUGCGGAAUAGCAGAAGAAGACUAUCUUACCCAGCUCUCUGGCAUGAGCUCACGCAUGGUGCGGUUUUGUUACGCGGUCAGAGAUACCUGCGCCGCAAUUAACCAGCUAAACCGGGACGCAGGCAGUGAGUUAGCCAAGGCAUCGUUGCUCGCAAUCCUGCAAGACGUCAUUAUGAUUCAAAGCAACCUUGACACCUUGACGCAUUCCGUACCCGAAACCUUGAAACCUCGACAACUCAGUGGCAUUGAUGACGCUCGAGUCUACUCUUCCCGAUGGACCGCGUGCUUUUGGUCCCUGCAAUACUGCAGUUUUGUUUUGUUCUACACUCAAGUUGCCGUUUGCUGUAAGAAACUUCUCACCUUUGAUCUGUCCGACGACCGCUCAGAAAAGCAAAUGGCAAAUGCCACACUCACCAUGGCGGAAAGCAAUGUCAAAAGUUUUCUGCAUAGCAUAUCUUCCAAUAUCCCAUUUGCCCUUGGGGAAAUCGACGGUGAAGGCAACAGGCAAGCUGUGCCAGAGUACAAAUCGGGCAGUGGAUAUUUGCUCAUCUGGCCGUUGUCAUUGUUAGGCCGGUGCGUUUACUCGACAUCUGAGCAGAAGAUGGUUGCGAACAGGGCAUUGAGGGUCGUCGGGUCGUCAAUGGGGAUCCGGUUGGCGGAUUGGGUUGCAAAAAGGCCACAUUCCUUUGCCUUGUUUUGAAGGGUAAGGGAAACAAUUUGCAGCGACUUGAGUCACCCUGCGAAUUGCGCAGCUUGAGUAUUUGAACGAGGCUGAGAAGUGGGAACCUUGGGUUUUCUUACUUGGUUCGGCGGUUGUCACUUGUUCAACACCACGCAGUCGCGGAGGAAAUCCUCGCGAAUAUAGGUCAAAAAUGAAUUAAAAAAUCACCUGUU